UUUUGAAACUUUUUGACCAACCUGGCGGAGCAGCCAGCUUGAUUGAAGAUCUGGGUGCCUCGGGUGUAGCACAGUCGGUGAACAAGUCCAAAGAGCUUCGUCCACCCGGACUAUGUAAGAUACGUCGACUCGGCACAGGGGAAGGAGGGGUAUCGGCAAAUAUAUUCCCCAGGCUAUCGCCACCUAUAAGAUAUUCAUUGAAGGUUAAGCCUCUUACGGAUAUGCAAUGUUAUCUGACCAUUCGGACCUGGGGCAGAAACAUGUCGGCGUCCACCUGGUGAAAAGCUCUACAUAAUGUGAUGUGAGAGAUAACGUCAAGCCGGUACACAAUACAUUACGCUGAGCAGCACACGUACCAUAUCCAUACAGUAGACAUUGACAUUCCUUUUGCAAAAACAAAUGGAAAAGACGAAUGGGGAAGAUGGCAGAAGCAACGAGCCGUCAACGGAAUUGGUUCGAAUGUGGCAAAGUCACCUUUUGAAUAUUUCGAUUUCGUGCGCUGACACGUUUUUGCUUGCACUCACGACUUUCAACUGCAGCUCCUACCAUCGUUUUGGCAAAUCUCGACAAGCAGAUUAGUGAUAACGGUCGCAACGAGAAUGUCUGGAACCGUCAAUAUUCUCGACGACAUUUUAGGCGACGAGGAUGACGAGCUAGACUUUGACUACUCUGACGCCAAACAUCCAAGGACAGAGACAGCUGCAUCAGAAAGAAGAACGCGCAGCCAAUCUCCUCCUCGAAGUCACGGUGACGGGAGAUUGUCCGCUAGACAGCGGGAUCCUCCACUUUCAGCAUCAGAAAGAUCUUAUAAACGUAGUCGAAUUGAGAGAGACGAACCUAUCGCACGACCCACUCGAUUGAGCGACGAUGGCAACGCUCCUCGGAAGGUUGGAGAUCCGGGGGACAGGGAAAUGGAGCGUUCAAGAGACCGAGAAAGAGAGCGAGACCGAGAGAGGGAAAGGAACAGGGAGCGGGAGAGGAGCAGAGAGAGGGCAGACACAGACAGGCACCGGGACCGUCGCCUGAACGACAGGGGCGCCAGACAGCCGCGGGUGGACCGUGGUGUCGAUCGUCCAAGGUCUCCGAGGAGGUCUCCUCCGCGCAGAGAGCAGCGUCCAUCAGCGAGAACGCCAGUGCGCAGUCAUGAAUCGACGGUGAGCCAGGAAAGGACAAACGAUGCUCCCAGACAACGUAGAGAGGCGGACAUGUAUCCAGAGGUACGAGAUGCAGUCAGAUCUACACAGCCAGUUGAGAAGCGUGGUGAGUCGGCAACGUCGUCUCGUCGCACUCCACCACGACGACCCGAUCCCCGAGAAGAUCAUCAAGCUCUUUCACGUCCUCCGCGGGACUCAGGUAGAACUCCUGUUAGGGAGACUCAUGAAAGCCGGGACCGUCACCGUGAUGCUCGUGACGAUGCUAAUGGCCGACAGAAGGCAGCUGGCACACGGGACCGAGAGGAUGUUGAAAGACCCGAAAUUCGUCAGUCUUCUUCGCGUUCAGUCGCAUCGGAGAAAGAUUCACAUUCUGCUGACAAGCAAGUAGGUUCGUCAUUGCCUCUGAGGUCCGAACGACGAGCCCCUGCGCGUGAUAUGGUACAGGAUAAAGUCGGUCGCAAUCGCCCAGCUGAUCCCGAAGAUCGGGAAGAUAGGCCGCUCGGCCGCGGAACGACGUCAGACCAGCAAAAGCCGCACCAGGUCGAAGAGCUCAAAAAGGAAUCGAAUACACGCCAAUCGUCCGCACCCCAGGAGACGGCGACGGAGCUUUCAGAUGUCGCCAGUGUACCAGUUCUCGGCAUGCAUCCGGACCGAGCUAGAGCGCUGGGGCUACUUCAAGAUCAGGCGCCACCCGCAACACCGUCGCCCAGUACGAAAGAUACCGGAUCCAACAGUCUUGCCUUGCCCAAAGCCACGGGGAGCGGAGAAGCUCGCGCGUCAGCAAUCACUGAGCGCUUGGGUCCCAAAGUCGAACCUUCCGAUGCUGCACGGAAGCGAAAGCGUGAAAUCGCGGAAAGAGGCGCGGAAACAAGACCCCAGCGACCCCGAGUGGAAGGUCCACCUCCUCCAGUAAAUGAGGAUGAUAAAGCCGCAAAACCCAUUCGCUACUUUGUGCUGAUAAGUCCCAAUUAUGACAUGAUCAAACAGUCUCAAAAUACAAACGCUUUUGCCACGACUCCGGCGAUUUCAACAAAAUUGAGUGAGGCAUAUCGGAAUUCUCGGGACGUGAUGCUGUUUUUUACAGUAAAGGGUAGCCGACGUUGGCAAGGGUAUGCCAGAAUGACGACCGAUAUUGGUGGCGUUAGUGGUCCUGGAAAUGAUUUUGGAGAAGGUUUCGACAAGCCUUUUGGCACAAAGUGGUCUGGAAUUGGGGAUAUUCAUCAAGGCAAGUUAGCCCCUAUCAUUAACAGCUUGGCCGAGGGCAAGUCUGUGAAGCUUAGCGACGACGGGGAGGAAAUUUCCGAAGAUGCUGGCAAUGAUUUGUGCCGUCUUCUUGAUGAAGAAUGCAAGUAUGCUAUGUCUCACAAAGGAGCACCGGCGAAUCCGAUCCCACCUGCUAGAGCACAGUGGGACAGGUUUGUACCUCGUGGCAGAACGCCUACUGAGAGGGCUCCUCCUCUGGGUGUAAAACCGUCCUCUGGAGAUCGAUAUGUGCCUGCAGACAGGCCGGCAGCAGCAACACGGGAGGCUGGACAGGAAAAGGCGACUGCGUUUGUGACCUCCACUCCUGGACAGCCAAUGAUUCACCCUUCCAGACUUGCUCAACUUGAUCAUUGGGACCCAGCCCACGAGAAAGAUCUGUCGCGGCGCAUUGAUGAGAAUCCCCGGCAGCGACUUCCAACUCCUGCUGACGACAAUCCUUACCAUUAUGAUCCAAAAGGAGCACCCAAUCGCAGGGAAAUCUUGCGAGGACAGCCAGCGGGCAAGGAUGUAUCUUUACGUAGAGAUGCACCUGUACGCUCCGAUCAACGGCCUGGUCGAGAUGAUGUCCGGCGGGAUCACCCAGCACGUGGCGUGGAGGAUUCGGGGCCAGUAGGAAGGCGCGAAGGAGGCGAACAAUCCCGUAAUACCGAGGUUCCAAUUAUCAGAGGUGAACCUGCUCGCGUUGAUGACAGUGCCCGCCCGCGUAGGGAGGAAACGCCACGACGUGGAGAUCCAGGUCGUGGAGACAAAGGGUCUCAAAAUGGGAAUCAAAUUCAGGGUGGAGAUGCUCCUUUUCGCACAGAUGAAAGACCACGGCGUGAGGACAAUGGUGGAAGAGUUGAUGAACGUCGUAAUGAUGACUUACGUGCAGGUAAUGGCCCACGACGUGAUGAUCGCAGAGAUGAAGGUCCACGCAGGGGUGAUUCUUAUCGGGGCCAAGCGUUUCGUCGGGACGACGGGGAUCGUAGAGAUCGUGCCCCACUGCGAGAAGACCGUAGGGUAGAUGAUAGUUUCAGGGCAGGGAAUUUAGCACGCCGAGAUGAUCUCGCGCGUCGAAAUGAACCGAUACGCCCGGAUCAGCCUUCAACGGCCAAAGAUGUAUCUCUUCCACGAGAAGACGACGUACGUAGACGACCUGAACCACGGCGAGAAGAAGGUUCACGAAAAGAUGAACCACCACUCAGAGAUGAAACGCGUCAAGACGAACCUGUACGGACACAAGACGCGCAUAGAGCAGAGCCCCCGCGUGGAGACUCUUUCCGCCGAGAAGAGAUUCCUCGCAGGGACUCAUACAAUCCGCGCCAUGGUGAGGAUAGUGGAUCAAGAGUGGUGUCUCAAGAGCGUUCCCGUCAGGAAGGAGAACGUCCAAGGCCAGACCGUAAUGACGGGCCGCUAUCUCGAAGAGGUCUUGGGGAGGCACAUGGCAGACGCCAGCAGCAGCGAAUGGAGCCAUACCCUCCACCUAGAAUGCGACAUCCUCGGGACGGACCAUACAUUCCACCUUCGAUGGGUCACGGCGUGCCCCCUUAUGGAUACGGCCCUCCCCCUGGACCCAUGGGCAUGCCAUAUCCACCACCAUCCCAUCCACAACAGCCAUACCGCAAUCGGCGACGCUAA